GUUUGUAGAAGCCGUCUGUAUGCCUAGGGGCUUGAUUGUAUACACCUGUGUCCAUGGAGGGGAUUGGAACACCUGAAUCACAUGAUAUGGAGGGGAUUGGAACACCUGAAUCACAUGAUAUGGAGGGGAUUGGAACACUCGAAUCACAUGAUAUGGAGGGGAUUGGAACACCUGAAUCACAUGAUUUGGAGGGAUGGCCCAAUACUUUGGGCAAUAUAGUGAGGCGAUUGGAACACCUGAAUCACAUGAUUUGGAGGGCGGUCCUAAUACUUUUUGCAAAAUAGUGUAUGUAGGAACUUUGUAACACAACAUCGGUGAUGUAACGUAAGAAUCGACCGAAACCUAUG